UGCAUUAAAGCUUGCACUCGUCCUCCUCUCUCUACGGUCCUCCGCGUCUUCCAACCUCUCUCUCCAAUCCCCCGUCUCUCCGAGGCCGAUCUGGGGAUCUCAGCUCUCUGCGGCAAUGGACCUUUCUUCGAGUCUCAGCUCGGUCGCUUCGUUUGAAAGAUCGGAUUUUUCUCAUCUCCAGAAGGCCAGAUCCUUUCAUUUCUAAUGUUUCGAUCGCAAACACGGCCAAGGGAGCUCCUCUUGGGUUUCUCAGUUUCCUUCGAAGAGACUGGAAUUUCGGGGAGAUUUUCUAUAAAAAAAAGGGCUUCGAAGAGUUACGGAUCGGUUUAUCUGCAUUUGGUUCCAGGAUUUCCCAUCGGUUUCUCUUCGAAAGUCGAUUCCUUUGAGAUAAUCGAGCUUGGAAACAUCGAGUCAUGGACAAGGGCAAGGCCCCAGUCCAUGGCGAAGGUGCCGGUUCGCCACCCCAUUCUUCUCGCUUCUCUGCUUCUUUCUCUCCGUUCUCGAGCAAUUUCCCAGAGUUGGGCGAUCCCUUGCGUUCAUCCUCCUCGCAGCCUAUUCAAGAAUCCAGCCAAGACGUCAGCCUCAUGCCGGAUUUCUUACCAAGAAACCUCGGCCACCGCCGAGCCCACUCGGAUAUCCUUGGCCUCCCAGACGACAUCAGCUUCUACAGCGACCUCGGUGUCGUUGGAUCCCAUGAUGACAUCGAUGAUGACUUGCUCUCCGCUUACUUCGACAACGAGAAUUUUAAUUCUCCUCCUCCCUCGUCUUCGGGCCCGUCAUGCGGUGAGCCUUCCGGCUUGGCGGCAGCUCCUCCUGCUCCUUUGCAGACUGAGAAUCUGGUCUCGGCUUCGAAUGAGAGGCCAGGGGCUGGGCACCAGCAUAGCCAGUCCAUGGAUGGGUCCUUCUCGGUUCUGCUGGGUACCAGCGGUGAAGGACCGGGACUGACACCGGCAGAGAUGAAGAAGGCUGUGGAGGAUGCAAAGCUUGCUGAUCUUGCUCUCGUCGAUCCAAAGCGAGCAAAGAGGAUGUGGGCAAACAGGCAAUCAGCUGCAAGAUCCAAAGAAAGGAAAAUGCGUUAUAUUUCUGAGCUUGAGCGACAAGUGCAGAGCCUUCAAACAGACGCAACAACAUUGUCAGCUCAAUUAACAAUGUUACAGAGAGACACCAAUGGUCUGACUGCAGAAAAUAGUGAGCUGAAGCUGCAGUUGCAGACCAUGGAACAACAGGUUCACUUUCAAGACGCUUUAAAUGAUGCAUUGCAAGAGGAGGUUCAGCGGCUGAAGUUAGCAACAGGCCAAUUGAUGCCAAAUGGUGGUCCAAUGAUGAAUUUUGGACACCCUUCAUUUGGAGCGAGUCAACAAUUCUACCACCAUAACCAAUCAAUGCAAUCACUCAUGGCAGCCCAACAAUUUCAGCAACUCCACAUCCACUCUCAGCAUCAGCAGCAGCUGCACCAACUUCAGCCUCUGCAGCAACAGCAGCUGCAUCUCCACCAGCAUCAGCAAGGACAGCAGCAGCCACCUGUAGACCUGAGGAUGAAGGGUCCAAUGACUUAUCAGAACAAAAGGGCGGAGGGCCCAUCAGAUAACAAUAACAAUCAAAGGGAGUGAGGAAAGGUACUGGGAAUCAAUAGCUAUCCAAGUCAUAUCUAUACCAUGUACCCUGCCUUUUAUUAGUUAUAGACUUGGAACCAUUCUCGAUAUAUGAGGUUCAUUAAGUUUGAUUACCUCUGUUGGUCUGCUUUCCAGAAUCAUAUAAAUGAUGGUGAUCUUCCAAACACCAAACAACACUUUUGCUUGGCGUGGCUCACCAUUUCAAUAAAUAUGUUGUUUCACAUUA